AUGCGUGAACGAACGGGGCCCGUUGUGUGGUGGGCAAGGGAAGAGACCCGCUGGAAUACGCUCUGCGUCCCCCGGGGCCCCGGAGUUCCACCCCGACCUCUUUCCUGCCUCACUGCCCUACAGGUCUGGGACGAGAUGGUGUUGGUGCUGGUGCCCAGGCUGGUGGUAUCUCUGCUGCUACUCCUCAGGGCCCUGCCCGCGGUGGCCUACUCCGUGGCCCUGCAGGCUGCCUUCCUGGAGGACACAGGGGGCAGCGGGGAGGCCGAGGGCUCAUCGGCGUCCUCCCCAAGCCUCCCGCCGCCCCGGACCCCGGCCCUCAGCCCCACAUCGGUGGGGCCCCAGCCCACGCCCCUGGCAGGCCCCAAGCCCCCCACCAACUUCCUGGACGGGAUCGUGGACUUCUUCCGCCAGUACGUGAUGCUCAUCGCCGUGGUGGGCUCCCUGGCGUUCCUGCUGAUGUUCAUUGUCUGUGCUGCGCUCAUCACCCGCCAGAAGCACAAGGCCUCAGCUUAUUACCCCUCGUCUUUCCCCAAGAAGAAGUACGUGGACCAGAGUGACCGGGCCGGGGGGCCCCGGGCCUUCAGUGAGGUCCCCGACCGGGCUCCCGACGGCCGGCCCGAGGAGGCCCUGGAUUCUUCCCAGCAGCUCCAGGCUGACAUCCUCGCUGCCACCCAGAACCUCAAGUCCCCCGCCAGAGCUGCCCCGGGCAGCGGAGAUGGAGGCAGGAUGGAGGGCAAGUCGGAGGGAGAGGAGAGCGGCGGCCGGGAGGCGGACCAGGAGGCCCAGGGACGUGGGAGCCCGGCGGAGAAACCAGGGGUGCUGGAGGAGCCGGGCACGGCGGUGGCGGAGGGGGCCCUGGAGGCCGGCCAAGGCCAAGGCGAGCCGGAAGUGGCUCCUUCGUUAGCCCAGGAAGCCAGGGGAGCCACUGGUCCCCCUGAGAGCCCCUGUGCUUGCAGUGUCGUCCCCAAGGUCUAACAGGCCUCUGGGGCUGCUGGCCCUGACUGUCGGACCCCUCGUGGUC